AUGGCACUGAACGGGUUUUUGGAAUUCUUUCAACGGGAGAAAACGUUCCGGCCGAAGAAACGGUUUACCCAGGGCACGAUCCGGUAUUCGCUGCACAAGCAAGCCAACGCCAGCCUCCAGUCGGGUAUCAAUCUGAAGGAGGUGGUAAGGCUUCCGGCGGGCGAGAACAUGAACGAUUGGCUUGCGGUCCACGUGGUGGACUUCUUCAAUCGGAUCAAUCUCAUCUACGGCACCAUAUCGGAGUACUGCAACGAAACCACCUGUCCGACGAUGAGCGGAGGUGCAAAGUAUGAAUACCUGUGGGCAGAUGGAGAAACCUACAAGAAACCGAUACAGUUACCGGCCCCACGGUACAUCGAGCUGUUGAUGGAUUGGGUAGAGAAUCAGAUCAACAACGAAACACUGUUCCCCGUAUCGACCGAUGUGCCAUUUCCUAAAACGUUUCCGAGUUUGUGCAAAAAAAUCCUGACCCGUCUGUUUCGGGUGUUUGUGCACGUGUACAUUCAUCAUUUCGAUAGGAUUUUCAGUAUUGGCGCAGAAGCGCACGUAAACACCUGCUAUAAACAUUUCUACUACUUCGUAACCGAGUUUGACCUGAUGUCAGCAAAAGAACUCGAGCCUCUCGCCGUGAUGACGGCGCAAAUGUGCACAGACUAA